CUUUUCGUUCGCGCUUCGCGAGUUUUAAUCAAUUGAAUAGAGGGACAGAGCAGUAGUUUCGCCUCCGUUGGUGAGCCAGCAACGGGUGUCAAAUAAAUCAGCGAAUCUGACUUGAUGUCGUUCGUCGACGGAAAGACGCAACGAUCUGCAAAGAGUCCUCCGUGGAUGGUGUGUGAUUGUGUGGCAUCCAGACCGUGGGUUACCGAUUUUUGGAGCAACGAAGACAUUCGGUAAACACCGAUCGUGAUCGUGUGUGGAUUUGGCUUUUGUUUAGUUUUUUUUCUGAAAAACACUGAGAACAAUCAAUUGUGGACUUUGCGACGGGAAGUUGUUUUUACUGGUGAAAAUCGAAAGAUCGUGAACGAGCGCAGUAACGAGAAAGGCGCAAACAGCGAUGAUAACAGUUAAUUGUUGAAAAUCUCAGUCCUCGGGUUAAGAAGAUUUUGGUUUUUGUCUGUGCCUUCUCCUUCGGCGAGGAAGAUUAUUUUUCGGCUAAGGAAAGUGUAACACGAGAUCCACCGUGGAAGAGGCGAGGUGGCGUACUUAAGAGCCGUUUAAAAAUCCGCCAUCUGAGGAGAGACAGAGAGCAGGCGGAGAUAGACAGGCUAAGAGUUGAAAAGCAGCUUGAAAAGUCGACGGGCAGAUAAGGCGAGAGAAGCCAAAAACCAUCCAAGGUCCGUCGCACUUUUACAAGACCUGGGAAGGCGCGGGCGCACGCUCGUCCAAAGUUUGGUCCAACAAGCGUAAAAGGGCUUUCGAAAAGGAGAGGCAGCCAGACGGACGGACGGACGAACUAAAAAAUAUGAAAACGAGAUAGUUUCAAAAGAGUUACCCCGAGACAGCGCGCACAAAACAGAAAGAUGUUUUCGAAAAACGGCCGCCACCAAGGACCGAAGGAGGUGCGGUAAUGCAAAGCCCAAGAUCAGCUCCAUUCCGAGCCACGGGGAGAGAGCCAGUGUGGUGUCUUUUAUGAAUAAUUAAACAUAUGGAAAGUGUUGAGUGGAGCAUUCGACGACGCAGGCAAAGGCGACCACGACCGACGGCAGCUUCGUAAUUUGAGAUGUGAACCAAGCGAAGAAUUUGACGAAGAAAAGUUUACAUUUUUCCAACAACCGGUUGUUAUUAGAGUUCAAGCAGAAAAUCAAGUGUAGUUCAAGUACUGAAACUUGUACAAUUUUGAUCGCCCUCGACGGAUUCUAGUGCUGGUCGACUGAAGACAUACCAAACGUGCGUUCUGCGAAGAACCCUGAUCGAGAGGUGAAGUUCAAGCGAAAAAGGGAGAUAAGCGAAAAAAUUCUUUCAAACCAAGAAGAAAUUGUGGGUGUAAGAAAAGAUAAAACGAGCUGAAAUAAGAUGAAAACAAACGUGAAAUCUGAGUUUUGCUUUGGAAGAAAAGAACUCAACUUGUAAAGAAUUCGUGUAGAAGAGGGAGAAAAAAAGGUUAAAAGUUUUUUUCGAAUCUGCUGUGAACCAUAAUUGCGAUAGUAAUAACCACAAAAUUGUGAUAAUCUAUGUAUGAUCUUGGGGGUAAUGAGUGAUCGCGAGUGACGGAAAAAUACGCGAGAACGAGAACGCGCAACUUUGUGGAUCGCACGAGGGGCUAGCGAAAAAAUCACGAAUAAGAAUCUCUAAUAAUGUGUAAUUUUUCAAAACAUAUCAUAAUAACACUCGUAGGAGAAACUCGCGACGGACCAAAUCGGCGUUCCGCCGGAGACAAGUAUCAGCGUUGUGAAAUGACCGCCCUAUCUGCGUCAACGAGUGUGUAACAAGCGAAGAGAUUUAAUAGGAUUGUAAAAAGUUUAUCACUCGAAUAAAUCAAUUAUACAUCGAGACAGCUGCAGCAUCCAGCAUUUAGCAUCUUCAGCUCUACGAUCGUGUUUUACAGACCAGCAGCAUCAGCAUAGGCAACAGAGAGAGAGAGCUACAGAGGAACAGAGCGAGGGACGCGCAAAAUGUUUGACGUUCGUACCGUGGAAGCCGGUGGAAGUUGUGAUCAAGAUCGUGAUAGUGAUACAAUGUCAAUCACAGCGAGACGACGACGAGCAUUUCAGCGGCAGGCCUGUUUAUUGAGCGUUAUGGCUGCGUUUUCUCUGGGGCUGGCACUUGGCGUGUUUGUGCCACUAAUUGGAAUGUCACAGGCGGUGACGAAAGGAUCCACUGAUACCGGUGGAAGCAGUAGUGGUGGAGCAGGUGGUGGCGCUAGCAUAGACAGCGAUGAAUCUGGGCCGCUUCCAUUAGGAAGGUUCGAACAUUUACCUCACAAACUGCCCCAUUUUCCAACGAUCGACGAUCUUCGGGGGAAGGACUCGUACAACUCGGUGUCAUUCAUAGCGGAAGAGAAACUUAAAGCUGAAGACGUCUUCCGGCAUGCAUUCCAUAUCGAUCAGCGAGACGACAAGGACACGAUGGUGAUCAAAAAAUUUGACCCCGAAGAUCGCUCAAUAAAGGAAUACACAGUUCGACGAACGGCCGAUGGCCUCUUUCACAAAGGUCCAGAGAAGAAACUUUCUCAACCGUCGAUCAUCGAACAGAUCCUUUCCUCCGGUAAAACGGAGGGCGAAAAUCAGGAUGAACCGAUAAUCGACAUCGUCAAUCAAAAUUAUGAUCAACAUGAUUCGGAAGAUCCAGACGGUGUCAUCUUGAAUGACAUCUAUUGGGGAUCUACGGUCGAAAAUUCCCUUCCUCAGGGUUUCGGAAAAAGACAAACCGAGUCCUGGACGCGAUAUCUCCAGAACGCUGAAGUCGAUCAUUUGGAGGUGGGAUGUGGAAGGAUGCAAAAUCGAAUGGUUGUAUUCCGCGAUGGAACACGAGCAUGUGCCCGAUAUCGUCAAAAUACCGAUCAGAUUCAGGGUGAAUUAUUCAGUUUCUAUUUGGGACAGCUGCUAAAUAUUACAAACCUUGCACCGAGUGCAGCAUCGAUAAUCGACAUGGAAACCAAGCUAUGGUCCUCGGUGACGGACGAUAUUUCCAACUCGCAGUGGAAAUCUACAAAACCGGUUGUCAUCACCAAAUGGAUCGGCAACCUCGAACCAGCUGGCAUUCCAAGACCAUUCCAACCUUUGGAACGACAUCUUAACAAGCUUGACAUCAAAAACAUCACUGAAGGGCUCGAUCUACCCAAACCACCCAAAACCUUGCUCGACCACCUCGGGGCUACACAGCCCCCAGAGUUGCAGCCCAUUCGUCCACCAGGAGCUCCCCUGGGCGAGCCGGUACUCAAGCGGCUAGUCGAACUGGCCCAAUGGUCGGACCUAAUUGUAUUCGAUUACCUGAUAGCCAACCUCGAUCGGGUAGUCAACAACCUGUACAACUUCCAGUGGAACGCCGACAUCAUGGCUGCCCCGGCGCACAAUCUCGCCCGCCAGAGUGACUCCCAGCUGUUGGUCUUUCUGGACAACGAGUCCGGUCUGCUACACGGCUACCGGUUACUCAAAAAGUACGAAGCCUACCACGGGCUUCUGUUGGACAACUUGUGCGUUUUUCGGCGGUCGACUAUAGCCGCCCUGCAGCAUUUGCGGGACAAUAAUGUCGGUCGGCGACUGAACGAGCUGUUCGAGCGAACGACCACGGCCAAGAUACGGGACGUGCUUCCACCGCUGCCGGAGAAAUCCGUCAAGAUUCUAGUCGAUAGGAUUGAUCGAGUGCUAGGUCAAGUGCAAAAAUGUCGUGAAAUUUUCUCCAACCGAUAGCCCGCGCCGACGUCGUGGUCCGGAGUCAGCAAAGGGGUGUAAGACGGCAACAGCGACGUCAUCGGAGGUGCGGAGACGCUGGUCGUGUUCAAGAAAGUUUCUGUGUAGCUGCGGGAUCCCUUUCGUCUCGCCUGGUUCCCGGCAGCGGGUGGCGCAGUCGGAGUGGGGAGCGGCCGGCCAUAGGAGAAAGCAUCGUUUGUUUAGUGAGCUGUUUUGUUGUUUCGUUUGUACACAGAUUUUUUUUUUGUUUAUCCGUUGCCGUGCUUCAACACUCCUACAACAAACUGUCCUGCAGCCCGGCUACGGGGUCCGGGGAUUCCAGAACCAAAGCGAAAGAUGGUGGCCCCCAGCCGAGAGUGCGGUGUGUCCAGGUGACCUCCAGGAAUCGACGAUAUUGUGUGUUGCUUGUAAGUUUUUUUUCUUAGUUUGUUGUUGUUUUGUUUUUCGUGGGUUCUGCUUUUGAGCCGACCCGAGAUUUAAGGGACUUAUCGCGAUUUCGAGCGAUCGCGAUCGCUGCGGGUCCCACAAGGGUAGUCAAGUCAAAGCGGUGUAGAAAAAAGGCGAGCGUGAGAUACAACUGAACACAGAGAGAGAGAUUGAAAGACAAUAUAAAAUAGUUUCCAGAGCCCAGAAUGGAAGAAAGCAGAAUGAGGGUUGAAAAGAGAUAGAAAGAUAGUAGGUACCUUCUGUGAGUGCUAGAGAAAAACUUUGUAUUUUAUAGAUAUUAUUGCAAAUCGGGGAGGGAAAACAUACGAAGGCGCCAAUAAUAACCGGCGACGGCGACGAUGACCAAGUUGAGGACAACGAACGACCUAAAUGACGACAACGGUGACGAUGGCUGAGCGAGUUGUUUGUUCGGGGCUGCUUAGACCUUGAUGAUGGUUAAAUUUAUGAUGAGACUUCGAUGAGGAACGACUUUCACGACACUGGAAGAAAUCCACAUCGGAAGCACAUAAUGAACUCUAAUCCAUAAUUCAGAUUCUUGAUCGAAAUAUGUUAUAAUUGGUCAUCAUUAAUCUUUCUGAGUUAAAGCGAAAUUUUCACCAGCAAACGCUAUUCAAUUUGACAUAAAUUCGCCGGUUUAUUACAUUUGGGAUUGCUGCACAUUUUAAACGAUUGGGUUUGUGUAUAAAUAUGCCUAAUAAAUUUUGGAAAAACAUCUCAUACACAUUGUUGGUAACAAGAUAAAUUUACUAAAUUAAUGAUUUCGUGUGUGUUACUUCUACGUGAAGUUAAACGAUUUACAAUGAUAUGGAAAUGCUAAUAUCAUCUUCCAAACUUGGACGUACAUGUUCAUGAUAGAAUUAGAGGCGAAAGUAUAAAAUUGAUAGUUCCGUUAGGAUACGGCAGGCAUGAAGAAUGUUUUUAUAGAAGUCGAUUUGAAAGCGAGCGGAGGGCAAUAUUUGUGAUGGCACAUAUCACACGCACAUAUGGCACAUAUUUCACAAAUAUGAAUCAAUUUAUGCCUUGGAAAGACAAAAUGCUUGAACGGUACCAGUUAUUUCUGCUCGAAAAUGCUUACAGUAUCCUUCCCAGGUACUCAGAAGUCAUUUAUAAUAAACUACAGGCGGUGAAAGCUAUUUCAUGGAAAUCAACGUUAUUUGCGGUAUUAUUUACGAAAAUAAAAAGAAUGAAUAAAAUUUUCAAAAUUUUUUGGGGUGACAAAAUCGGGACCUGAUAAAAUCGGGUCGAAAACGUGAUAAAAUCGGGGGUAGACAAAAUCGGGGAGUGACAAAAUCGGGUCAAUACUGUAUUGUCUCUUUUCCAAUAUUCUUGAAUACAAAGUUAUAGCAUGUUGGAUGUUCUCAUGAACUACCUAACAUGCGUCUAAGAACUGCCUACUACAUGAAGAAGGCAGAAUCAUGCCCUAAGUCCUUUUUGUCUAACGUUUUUAUACUUAAUGUACUUAUGUCUUACGUCGUGCAGCCCUUUGAUAAUUGAGGAGAAUGAGGGUUGUGUGUCUGUCCGUUAAAAGUUUCAAACUGGGACAUUGCCGCCUCGCAGUAUGGUCUUGUUUUGUAGCUGCACAUCUUACCGCAGGGCUAAGGAGGGCCCACUACUAUUAUCCGUAUUUUGGUAAUUGUUCAAAAUCACAAAACGCAAAAACGAAUAAACUCUUAUGCUUAGUCCAGCAAAAUCAGAGAGGAAAAGAUCAAUGGAUUCGUUCGAUGUAUUCGAUCUUUGCAAAUAAGAAUAGGUUUCGAUGCAAUUUCUUUAAGUUUAAAUUGCACAAGCAAAAAUAAAGUCUUUCAAGUAAAAGGAGUUGAAUACCUUUUGAAGUUGAUCACCAAACAGGCUACAGAAUAAACUUAUAAACCACACUAUGUUUUCUUCAAAUAUUAUACCAUCCACAAAUUCUCUACACGCUAUUUGUCUUAUCAACUUCUCUUCGUCCGACAUACACAAGCCGACGUUCAUGUCCCAAAUCUCAAAACAUUCCAAACCACUCUGGGAGGUCAAAGAAAUCCUCAAAGCCUCCUAAUACUCCCAACACACAAAGGCCUCGAUCGCUGUUAGCGCUGCGCGCCAGUGCGGAAAGUUCUUAUCUAUUUGCUUCAGCCUGGCGUGAUUCCUAGACCUCCCGAGAACAGCCGCAGCCCCGCCACGGCGGACAGCCGUGACCGGUGAGAAGCGCUUUGCGCUUCGCGCUCCGAGCCCGAGACUUUUAUUUAGCUCUCCCUAAGCCGAGAGAUAACCGUCGUCUUUGCAAUGGCUGCUGCUGCUGCCACCGUCGUCGUACUCGCCCGCCAGAGCCAGCCGCCUCAACCACGCGCCAAGUCACGGGCUCGGAACCAGAUCAUAAAGCGAAAAGUCAAACAAUAAUCCACCACCUACCGGAAUCGUCGGCCGGGUCGUAAUUUUCCGUUUCGGUACGUUUUGGCAAAUAUGAGAGAUCUGGGGGCCGAUGGUGGUUGCACAGUGGGACUGGAUUUGAGUAAAAAAUAACGUUGAGAUUGUAUUUGAAUCGGAAAUUGUAUAUGGAAACCGUGUGGUAGAGCUAUAAGGAUAACAAUUUAUCGUAUAACCGCAAUGCUCAAUUUUGACAUUUGCACUUUAGAAAAUUGAAUUUAUGAAACAAUUUCUACCAAAAUACAUUUGAUCCUAGCAGCGCCAUGUAUAACACAUAUAAAAUAUAAACACACGGUUGUCAAGAGAGUCAAUUUAUGGGUUUUGUGUACAAGUGCUUAUCCUAAUUAUAUAUUUAAUUUUUAAUAAAAUAUUUGUAUUUUUAAUUUUUCUUAUCGUUUUGAGCAAAUCUUGAAUUUGAAAAAAUAUUUUACAAUUAAAGAAUAAUCAAUCACAUUAAGUCUUCCUCGUACAACAAAGUUGAAUAGAAGGCUUUAAUUUCGCUCAGAAUCCUAUUUCUUGUUAAAUAGGUCGUAGCUUAUAGAAACAAAAUCAAUGAACCAAUCGAGUCAGUUCUUUUUGCAAACUUUUGUCACGAAAAUUUUAAUUGGUAAAACAUGAAAUAAACUAAGUUGACAUAUAUUUUGUAUGAUGGUUUCGAUGCUCCUACACAUAUUUUAGAUUUAGUCGGUGGACGGAUUCCAACUAGUUUUUGCUUGAGAUCGUUCAAAACACCGUUUCAAUUUGGGACUAUUACAUUAUUAUAAGCAUUCUAAUUAUUGAUUCAAAUGAAGCUGUAUUAUUGUUAAUUUGGUGCAUCUGAAAGCAUGUUUGAAAACCAUUGGAUUACGCUUUUUGUGUGGCAAUUUUUUGCACUUUCAUGAGCACGAAACUUGAGUCGGAAGCAAAACCAAGUGCUUUAGCUGUCAAAUAUAAUCAGAACAAACAGCAAGGAAAAUGCGUAAACAGUACAAGGAUCUCUCGCACUUUAAAAGGCAACUGUAAGAGCUCUCUCACUCUUUCAUCGACUAACAAUUUGAACGUCGGCUAUUUCAAACCGUCAGGUCCAGUUUCAAAUUCAACGUACAAUAUUUACUAACUAACACCAUCUCUUCAUUAUGGAAUUAGUUUCGUGAUUGAAUUCAGUUUUUUUGGAUGGUGAAGUAACAAUCGAGUUCAUAAUCCAUUCAGAACAGCUUUCCAGAUCAUCUUCUGGGUUGCUUUGAAGUUGUCCCUGAAACAUAGUUCAAGGAUGUUGACAAAAUGUUCGUAUUUAAAAAUCCACAUUUUGCCACAAAGCUUGUGAUUAAUAACGAAAGGUUGUAUAACAUUUCACCGAUCACAUUUUCGCGAUCAGCCAUUUCACAUAUUGAAACUUUUCGUGGAACGAUUUAUGACGGAAUGUACCAUUUCACAGUAUGCCGUUUUAAGGAAAGUGCUACAUAGCAGAUUGGCAUUUUCGAUGACAAAAAUGGUAGCAGAAUUUAAAAAUAUUUACCCCAUAUCAAUGACAGACGCGUUCUUCCAUGGAAAAAUCUAUUAUCUUCGCCCUACACUGGGAAAUUCUGAUCAUUUGAAGAAUAAUAUCUCCUAUAUUUUGUUUAUAUCUGGUAAAUGCGGUAAUUUAAAGGAAGGACUAUUUCUCCCUUCGCCUUAUACCUAGCAAACAAUUUUGUUUAAAGAUGGCGUUAUCUUCUUCCUUCGCUUUAUACCUGGUAUAUAUGUUCCAUCAUAUUCUUUUUUCCUUAUAUCGCUUUCAAAAAUAUUUUAAUUGGAUUGCAAAACACGAUC